CGAUAGCAACUGUCUGAAUUCAUGUGUUGUUAAGUGGAUAAAAACAAGACAAUUUUGCGGUAAUUUCAAUGUCAUACUGUAAUGGUGGUCGUCUUUCUUCUAUCCUUGUAUCUAUCGGAUAGAUCGAGAUGGAUUUAGUGGACUUGGAUCCACUCUCUGCCCGAUCGACCUCUUCAGUUGAAGAUGGAGCAAGUAGCACCAGAAGCAAGAAAUCAAAGACCCUAGCAAGACUCAGAAAAUUGAAGAAAACCAACAAUUCACUGAGUGACCCAUCCAAGGAUGUCUUGGUACCCCACCCACCAGACAGCCAGCAAAGAGAUGGUCUGUCUGAUAGGAGGUUGUCUAAUGGCUUUGUGAAUGGUGGAUCAGCACUUUCUGAUGACCUCACACAGUCCACCAAGACAGAAAGGGACAGAGUCAAUGACAUCAUCACUGGGGAUGAUAGGGGAAAGGUCACAGGCCUUGACCCUUUGCCAUCAUCCAACCGACUGGAUUGGGGAGAAAAUUCGACCUUGAAAUCCUCCCUAUUUUCCUCUCCGCUUGACCCCGUGAAACCAAUGAGACGAGGCCUAGGAGGGCUUGAAUCCCUUGCUCCACGAGCAGUGCUGGAACCACUGGAGAAACCAAAGACAAAGUCCCAAAUGAAGCCAGAAGAAAACAUAGACAGGGUAGGCAUUAGAACGAAUGGGAUUUCAAAGAAUGGGACUUUUGAAGUUGAGGAAGCACCAAAGGAGACAUACGAUACACCUUCGCAGAGGGGAAAUGCGUUGAGGAUAGAUGGUGUUGUAGAGACAGAAACAAGUGAUUCGCACAAUUUUGAGUCAUUUCCAGACAGAAACUCUAUUCAGGAAAAUGAUUUUGUGAGUUUAUCAAGUGUGGAGAAACACCUACCAUCUGAAACAAAUCUUGAGACAAAAUCUCAUGCUCAUGGAAGAGAACAAAUGAAAGAUGUCCUUUCAAAGUCAGGUGACCUGUUAGGGGAUGAUGAUGGUGGCGAUGCGCUUGAUAUUUUACCGGAUGACGGAGAAUCAAAUGAGCUCAGAAGUGAUGUUGUAGUUUCUAGUGCAAUGAAAGAAAGGACAAACAUAAGCAGUACAUUUAGUGACAUGACAAACACUCGUGCAUUAGCAGCGGAGAGCAAUGAUAGGACUCUGAACAGUAGAUUUCAGAAUUCACUUGGAAGUGAGGCACAGGAUGUGCUUCAAGAACAACAGACAAAGCCAAAAAUGAGUGUCACUCUAAUAGAGGAUGAUGAUGAUGAUGAUGAAAGUGAUGAUGAUGAGUUAAUUGUUGUAAGUCCUCUAAAGAACUCUUUCGAAGCUCGAGCAAGCAAUGUUCCUCCAAAAAGCGAGGACAAUUUGAAAGGGAAUGAUUUAGAGGAGGAGGAGGUGAAAGAAAUUGAAUUGCCAAAUAGAACAGUCCUUGGUGAUGAGGAUGAGAUUCUAAAAGAUGAUGAUAAAGAAGAUGAGGAGAAAUUGAAGCAAUAUUUGAAAGACAAACUACAGCACAUAGAAGAUGAUGAAGACAGUGAUGCUUUGCGGGCUGCAAGUCCAACCGAUUCCUUGAGGGCUGGACGCCUCUCCCCCAUAACCAACGCCAGUGCCCCGCCCCCGCUUCCAAGCACCGUCAUGUCGCCCUCCUUGCGGACCAGUUACAAGAGGGAUGAUGACUUGGAAGAUAGUUUUGGAAACUCUGAGAUGUCAGUACUGAGUGGUGGGUCCAUGUCUGAAACCAACAGGUCUAUGGCAUCCAGCUCCUUGCUGCUCAACAAACUAACCAACAAGAGUGCAAGAAAGGGCAACAGGAGUUACCUGAGUGGAGGGGUGCGUAAUAGCGGAUCUCUGUUAGGCAAGGAUGAGCUGGAUUCCCAUCUUCCAGAGAGAAGACUACGCAUCUUUGUUGCAACGUGGAACAUGCAUGAAGACAAGGAAAUACCUGAGAACCUGGAUGAUCUUCUUCUUCCUGAAGACAUUGAGUAUAUGCAGGAUGUCUAUGUUAUAGGCACACAGGAAUCAUCUCCUGAUAUAGCUGAAUGGGAGAUUCGUCUGCAGGAAACCCUAGGACCGUCCCAUGUUCUGCUUCACUCAGCAGCGCAUGGUGUCCUGCAAUGCGUGGUCUUCAUCAGGAGGGACCUCAUCUGGUUCUGCUCACCUGUUGAGGAAUCAAGAGUGUCAACAAGACCAGGGUCAAUGAUCAAAACAAAGGGUGCAAUAGCUGUCAGCUUCAAUUUCUUUGGGACGUCAUUUAUCUUCAUCGUAUCACACUUUACGUCUGGGGAUGAGAACAUGAAGGAGAGGCUGCUGGAUUAUGAGAAGAUCUUGAAAGGCAUCAGUCUACCCGAGAAAGUACCCCCAACCAGGAAGUUCAACGUACUUACAAGUGAUGUGACAACUCGCUUUGACUGUGUGUUCUGGUGUGGGGACUUCAAUUUCCGGUUGGCAGAGAACAAGGCCCGGAUAGAAGGCUGGAUAGAUCAGCUUAGAAGAGGCAAUAAAGAUGAUUACGAUAUCCUGCUGCAGUAUGAUCAACUCAAUAAAGCAAUGCAAAGAAAUGAAAUCUUUCAGGGCUUCCAUGAAGGGAAAAUUGAAUUUCUGCCAACGUACAAAUUUGAUAUUGGAGAGGACAUAUACGAUACAUCCGCCAAGGCCAGAGUUCCUUCUUACACAGAUCGGGUAUUGUAUAAGAGUCGCAAAGUUUCAGACAUCUCAUUAAUUCACUACAGCAGCUGUGAGGAGAUCAAGACGUCGGAUCAUCGACCGGUCUAUGCCCUCUUUGAGGCUGGCGUCAGACCUGGAAAAGACAACUCAACUUUGGGAGGAGGCAUGUUCGUUCGUGAAGUCUACAUAGAAGGUAUCAAGAGGAGAGUGGCCAAGUCUGGCAUGUCCAAGAGAACACAAGCUGCUGGGAGUUCUGUCUGCUCUGUCAUGUGAUCAUCAGGUAUCUAAUCAGGUGACUGAUGUGACAUGUCAUGUGACAUUUUGCCAUCAUGGUAGGAUAAGAUGUACUAGUGUGAGGGUACAGUGUUGUUGUUAAGUGUUAUUUAUGAUUGUAUUCAGCACUGUUGACAACUCUCCAGUUUUGACGAGAAUGGGGACCAAAUUCUUCCGGCAGCUCCUGGGAGUUCUUGCUUUAGAUUUAAAUAAUAGGAGGCAUUUGAAUAAGCCAUCCACUCUCAUCAUGCAUAUGUGAUGAUUCAAAUUCAUUUAUCAUUAUAAUAUACCGUAUUACACUUCAUUACAUCAUGGACAUAAAUGAGUGAUACAAUGAUAUAAUUUGAGGGUUCAGUGACACAAAGAUGUAACUCCAUAUUUUGCCAAAAUGAGUAUUUAAUAUCAAAAUGUUUAGAAAAAUGUGGGCUUU